AUGCUCCGCCUUGAUUUGUUGACACGUUUGGCAUUGCGCUACCCACCUUCUGUAACACCCCCGAGCCGAGAUAAAAAAACUCGCGGCCCGGGUGGGCGCCACAGUAUGCCGGAGCUCGCCAUUCAGGAUCCGAUUCAACGACCAGAAAACACAUCAAAGGCCGGAGUCAGUCCCCGUCCGGUGAGUCCCGACCCUCUCGGACAAGGGCCUAAGGCUUGCCAACACGUACACAAGCCCGAGAGUUGUGUUGUGUUAGUCCGGACAAGACUAAUAUCAUUUGAAAUAGAGACGAAUUAG